AUGUCCGCGGGCUCACUCAUCGACGGUGCACUCGGCGGAGGCCCCACAAAGGUGCUCGGCGUCACACCGCCCAUUGCCACAAAUGGACCCACCCCGCGCGAGGUCGAGGUGACGAAGGCUCUCGUCGCCGAGCUCGAGCGCCAAAAGGUCUUUGAGUCCGACGACGAGAGCAAGCUGCGCGAGGUCAUCCUCGGAAAGCUCGACGCCAUGGUAAAGGACUUUGUCUACCGGACCUCGAUCCACCACGGCAUGUCCGAGGCGCUCGCCCGCAGCUGCGGCGGCAAGAUCUUCACCUUCGGAUCAUACCGCCUCGGAGUCCAUGGCCCCGGCUCCGACAUCGACACCCUCUGCGUUGUGCCCAAGCACAUACAGCGUGAAGACUUCUUCUCCACUUUUGUCGAAAUGCUCAAGGCGCGCGAAGAAGUGACCGAGGUGGCGCCCGUCCCCGACGCCUACGUGCCGCUCAUCGGCCUCAAGUUCCUCGGCGUCUCGAUCGAUUUCACUUUUGCUCGGCUCGCCCUGCCGCGCGUCGAAGAUGCGCUGACGCUAGAGGACGACAAUCUGCUGAAGAAUCUCGACGAGAGAGAUGUCCGAAGUCUGGGAGGCUGUCGAGUGACGGACGGCAUCCUCCGCCUCGUGCCCAACAUCCACGUCUUCCGCAUGGCGCUCCGCUGCAUCAAGCUGUGGGCGCAGAAGCGCGCCGUCUACUCCAACAUCAUGGGCUUCCUCGGAGGCGUGGCGUGGGCCAUGCUGGUCGCGCGAAUCUGCCAACUCUACCCGAACGAGGCCGCCGGCGCCAUCAUCAGUCGCUUCUUCAUCAUCAUGUAUCAGUGGAAGUGGCCGCAGCCGGUCCUGCUGAGGCAGAUCGAGGAAGGACCGCUCGCGGUGCGGGUUUGGAAUCCCAAGCUCUAUCCCUCGGACCGCCUGCACCGCAUGCCCAUCAUCACGCCGGCGUACCCAUCGAUGUGCUCGACGCACAACGUUACCCAGUCGACGCAGAUGGUCAUGACGCAGGAGUUCAAGCGCGCCGCCGAGGUCGUCGACCGCGUCAUGAUUGGCAAGACGGACUGGAGCGAGCUCUUCGCCAAGCACGACUUCUUCCACAAGUACAAGUACUACCUGCAGGUCAUUGCAUCAUCGGGCAGCGCCGAUCUGCAGCUCAAGUGGCACGGGACGGUGCAAAGCAAGGUUCGGCAGCUCAUCAUGAAGCUGGAGCUGGUGCCGACGCUCAUCUGCGCGCAUCCGUUUGUCAAGGGCUUUGACCAGGUCAGCGAGUGCUGGAACGACCACGAGGUGCGCAUGGUGGCCACGGGCGACAUUCCGGACGAGGUGGCCAAGCGGACCAAGGUCGAGGCCCUACCAGAGGGCGAGGCAGCCGUGCAGGAGGCGGCCCAGGAGGCCAAGAAGGUCGAGCAGGUAAAGGAGGGCCACCGAAUGAUCUGGACCACGACAUUCUACAUCGGCAUCUGCAUCGAGCCGCGCCAGCCCAACGCGACGGGGCCCCGGCAGCUCGACAUCUCGUAUCCGACCAACGAGUUUACGCAGAAGGUCAAGCAAUGGGAGCAGUACGACGAGGCGUCGAUGGGCAUCGUGGUGCGGCACAUCAAAUGCUCGCAGCUGCCCGACUAUGUAUUCGACGGCGACGCGCGGCCAGCAAAGGCAUCGGGCAAGAGGACAAAGUCGGGCAAGGUCAAGGGGUCGUCGGCAGGGGCAGGGGCAGCAGCAGCAGCAGGUGGAGUCGGCGCCGAAGAGGGAUCGCCGGUCAAGAAGAGAAAGUCGGGCGUUGCGGGCACGGCAGGGGACGGGACCGGGCUGGCGGCAGGUGCGACGCCGGCGGCCGUGGUAGCCAACACAACCGAUGCACCCCUUCCACUGCAGGCCGACACCGCCGCUGUCGAGGUCGAAAACUUUCGACUUGCGACGGGCGGCGCCGUCCCUGCCGCCGCGACCACGACUGCGAAUCAGCAACAAUCGGCGACGGCAUCGACGGCGGCUGCCGAUGGACCGGUGGCCUGA